UUGCGCGUGCUCGGCUACGACUGGAAACCUGUGGCGGCGCGUGACAUCAAUCUGACCAACAACACCUCCGCCCUAUCGAUCACCGCCGACGGUUGGGUGCAGAUCGACGAAGGGACGCUCAAGGGCACCAUCUUGCAGACCCCUCGCCUGCCUCCCGAGCAGCUCCGGUAUAUGGUGUACGGGUCGAGGAACGAUGCAUUUGUUACUCGCCACCGGGUGAAGUCAGGUAACAUUCAGUUCACCCCCGCGACGGCCGUGGCGAGGUGCCUGUUGGCAAACAUGUUGGGUGGCUGCAUGACCGAUCGCCUCGCCUCUGCAAUCGAAGACAUCAAGGCCAACGCAGAGACGCACGCCAGCGGGUAUGUCCUGGAUGACGCCUACCAGGAGGUCGACGACUACCUCAAAGAGUUGGGCAUAGACACGGGGGCGGCCGCGAAAUUGUCGCAGGACCACGGCGCGUGCUCCACGUCGGAGCUAGUGCGUGAUUUCUCGGUCAUCAACUACGUGAGCAAGUUCGCUAACGCGGGCAUGCGCGCAUCGGAGCACGCUGGCCUGCGGUUCACAAAGGCCGACGUGAGGCUACUAGUCAGCGACGACCGCCUUGCCGAGCUGACAGAGAUGGAAAGGGACGAAUUCUACGA